CUAGUUUACUCCCCCACCGCAACCCCCGCAACCGGUAGGGUAUUUAAUGUAUUACAACCUGAGAGCUAUUUCUUAACUAUUUUUAAUAAUAAUAUAUUUGUACAAUAAUUUGAGUGAAAAAGGCAAAGGGAGGCAACGGCUAUAUUCUAAAAUGUCCAAAUUGAUACAGCACAGUCUUCCUGUGACAUCUACGCGAUCUCCGCUGCUGCAAUUCCUGCGUUUCCGUGGCAAAAUCAAUAUACAGCGACCCAAGGAACCGCAUUAUGAGCGGGCACGGGUCAUUGCCGUUACACAGCCAAAAUAUCCACAGCCCGUCAAAUCUCUCACCUGCUUUCAGACACGUGCGGAACGCACCAAGGCCCAAUUGGAGAAUCCCUACAAUGAGAUCGUAGCACGAGAAGUGCGCAAUUGGUUGAAUCACUCGCAACUGGUGGCCAUAUUCCAUUUGAAUUCCAUCACUGCCGAUGAGAUCUAUCAGUUGCGCGUCCAACUGUUUAAACAAAAUAUGCACCUAAAAUCGUAUGGCCGCAAGAUCAUUGGUCAAGCUGUGGCCGGCACUCCCUAUGAGGCCAUAAUGCCAUUGUUUCACUCCAAUCACUGCAUUGUCUUCUCGCCGGAUCAGAAGCGUUUAAGCACAUUGCUGCGCCUUACACGAAAAGUGCCACAAAUGGUGCUGAUCGGUGGCAUUGUGGAACAGACUCUAUUAAGCCGCAAUGAACUGGUCGCCUAUGCCCAAAUGCCCAGUCUGCAGGUGGCACAAGCUCAGCUGGUGCAAACCCUUAACCAGGCUGCUGGCCAAUUAGUGCAACACCUUCAGGCCCAUCAAGGUAAUCUUGUAAGGGUUCUCGAUGUACAUGCCCAGCAGGGUCAGGCAGAGGAGACGGCCACAGAAACACCAAAGGACGCGGCCACGCCGACGGAGUCAUAAUUGACAUCCAAUAGUUUAAUAAAACACAAACGAAAUUCAAAAACCAAAAAAA